AUGGAAGCUCAGCGCCAGGAUCUUAUUCAACUCGCAGCUGCCCUGAGAAAAGGCACCCAGGCAGGCACUGGAAAUCUCGAAAAGCCCCAAGGAAGAGAAACGGCCUUUACAAAUGCAUUCAUAGCUGGCCUGGAGAAAGAGCUAGAGCCAAAAGCAAACUGCAUAAAUUAUAAUUUUAAAGUAGUUAAAUACCUUUACCGUGAUUACAAUCACUACGCCAACUCGACUCAUAACGGAAGCGAGGAGCUCAAAGAGUACUGGAAAGGUUGCGCUCCCUGGUUUAAUGCUGCAUAUAUGUCUAAAGCCAAGGAUACGAUGGGAACUUAUCAGGCUCUGGCAAUGCAGGACUUCGUUAACACCGACCUGAAGGCGACGCCACCCUGUAUCUCCAAAGCCGUCUUUUUCCUUUUCGGAGAUAAGGAUAGUGGGAAUACAAGUCCCUGCAUCGUUGACGUCCAAACCAUUGCAGCCAAAUGCGGCGCAGAGAACCCACGCGCACUGAAGCGAGAACAUCUGAUGGAUCUCACCCCUCAGCAGCUACAAGCAAUCUAUGAAGCCAAGGUACCAAUUCUGAAAAACCUGUUUUCCGCAAAUGACCUAUUGUUGGACUUUCUUCGAGCUUAG